AUGAGGGGAGAUCAAGCAUCAACUGUUGGUGGUGCAAUUAAUUUUGUGAAGGAGCUUGAACAACUUCUACAAUUUCUCGAAGCCCAUAAAUCAGCUACUAAUCAACAUCACCAAAACGGCGACGUAUUUGCUAAUGUUUUCACUUUCCCUCAAUUCUCCACGCGGCCGUGCGGCAUUGACUCUCCGGCAGCCGCGGCGGUGGAGAGGCGGUCGAGGAUUGCUGACGUGGAGGUGACGAUGGUGGAGAGCCAUGCAAAUAUCAAGAUUCUAUCGAAGAGAAGGCCACGUCAGCUCCUUAAAAUGGUGGCCGGAUUUCAAUCUAUUUUCCUUAAUAUUCUCCAUCUUAACAUCACCACCGUUGAUCAAUCGGUGCUCUACUCUUUCAGUGUUAAGGUAUGUUUGUGGGAUUCCAGUUUUGCCCUCAGUUUAAUUUUUAUGAAUAGUAACGUAUAG